GCCUUUGAGUCCUAAUCCAGGGCAGAAGAUCCCCCGACCUCCUGUCACCAGGACCCUAAACAACAUCGAGUCUGUGAACUUGUUAAACUUCACGUGUCAGACUGGGAACUCUCAGCAUCUGGAAAGGCGUCUUACUUUGACUCUCUUGGCUCCAGCUACUGGUUUAAAGUUCGGUGACUGGUGUCGUUACUGGAGAAUCAUGCUCGUUACUGGACUCGAGUAACGGUGGAGUGAACCAGCAACACACACACACACACACACACUCACUCGCACACACACUCGGUGGAGAGACAAUGUGGUGGUUCCAGCAGGGUCUGUGUUUCCUGCCCGCCGCUCUGGUCGUCUGGACGUCGGCGUCCUUCGUCUUUGCGUACAUCACAUCGGUGGUGCUGAGACAUGUGGAUCCUCUUGUGCCGUACAUCAGCGACACAGGAACGAUGGCACCAGAGAGGUGUGUGUUCGGCAUCAUGCUGGAUGUGUCGGCCUUUUUAGGUAUUGCCACGGUCUACGUGCGUUACAAACAGGUGGAGGCUCUGACGGGUGGAGACAAGCUCACGCUCCACAGACUGAACCGCUUCGCCCUGCUGCUCGGCUGGACCAGCUCCCUCGGGAUGUGCGUGGUCGCCAACUUCCAGAAGACCACGCUGUUCGCCAUGCACCUGUUGGGGGCGGUGCUCACCUUCGGGGUCGGGGCCCUCUACAUCCUGGUUCAGGCAGUGCUGUCGCUCAAGAUGCAACCUCACGUGCACAGCAGGGGCAUCUACCUGAUCCGCCUCGGCAUCGGAGUCUGGACCCUGGGCAGCAUCAUCUCCAUGUUUGUAUCGUCAGUCAUCUUGUACAGCAGUUUACCAGGAGUGGACUUACCUCACAAACUGCACUGGACUCCUGGAGAGAAGGGUUACACGGCUCACUUGAUCAGCACCGUGUCGGAAUGGUCUCUGGCUUUCUCCUUCAUCAGCUUCUUCCUCACCUACAUCAGAGAUUUCCAGAAAAUAAACUUGCGAGCGGAGGUGGAUUUGCAGAGCAGCCACCUGUACGACUCUCCCCAUGGGAGCUUCGCGGAUUCACAUCCUCACAAACGUGAAGCGUCCGAGUCUUCUCCGCUGCUGGCCGGAGGAACGUGACCCACCAGAGGGCGUCUGAAGAAAAACUGCUUCUUCUAAACACGUUUAACAGUUUCUUCUAGAGAGUUUCUAAAAGCUGUGCUGGCUCUUAAAGGGUCAGUCCGCCCAAACGUACCCGCUGUCCUCCCUCUGCCUGUAUCUAUCAUAGAGAUGCCAAGCGGUGGAAUUUUGUAUAUCUCUUUUUAUAUUUUAAAUGUGAGCCAAUGGUUCUAUAAACUGUCAGGGGAGAAAACACUAUGUAUGGUUUCCAGUCCAUCUUGUUCAGCUUACAGCAGCCUAAUGGUUUUUUAAAGACUGUGAUUUUAAUGCCUUGUUCUGAGGAGGGUUUUAAUAUUUACAGCUUUUAUUGAAGCCGGGGACGUAUCACUGACAACAGCUUAACAUUUUACCUGCUGGGGAAUCAGAAGAUUAAUUAACGUGCGUUAGUGCUAACCUGUCGAAUAAUUACACAUUUCUAUGCUAAUGUAACUGUUUUUCAUCAAUCAAUACAUUUUUAUGUAAGUAUUUGUAUUCAAGUUUCACUAAUAUAAUGCAAUAAUAAAAAAAUAUCCCCCAAAAA